AAAUAAUUGUAAAUGGAGCCUAAAAGUACAGGUUUCAAGUUUGCAUUUUCAUAAAAGAAAACCGAAAAAACGUGUCUUUACUUUGACGGCAGCGAGGGAAAACCUAUGUGAUGACCAGGAGUCAGGACAAUCUAAGGGCCGCAUUGGAGGAGAGCAAGAAGUUGCUCGAGGAAUCCAAAACCACAUCGGAGGAAAUUAAUCGGGUGCUCCAGUUAACCAAGCGACAGAAUGAGGAACUGACUAUAGAGCGGGAUGCACUUCUACAGCAGCUACAAAACGAGGUGUCCAAGAACGAGGCUCUCCAACAACAAGUCUUGGAGCAGGAUAAAUCUAAGAAUACUAUCAUUGAGAGCAUCAAGCAGGAGUUUGAAGUCCAUGAAACGAAUUUUAAAGCCAGGAUCGAAGAAAUUAUCGCCGAGCGGGACACUUUUGAGAAAAAAAUGUUGGAGACCGUGGAAGAGUUAAACAAGACCCUAAAUCUUAAUAGUUGCAUAAUUUGCUACUCUCCUUAUGAGUUGGAGGGCUCUCACCGCAUGGUGUCCUUAAAGUGCGGUCAUGUGUUUGGUGACAGCUGCCUGCGCGAGUAUUUGAGCCACAGGCCCGACUGCGCCAUAUGCAAACAGCUAGUGGAGAAUCAUGAUCUGCGCUACAUCUUCGGCUGUCACACCACAGGAGUUUAAGUCAAUACAGCUGAAGUUCACACAUGCACCCAAGACGAUGAAAUUGAUGUGUAAUUUCUGCAGCUCAAGAAAUUCGUGUCGGAAAAUAAAUGGAAUAAUCAAUUUUCGGUUGUCCUUCUGACCAAAUGUUUUCACCAUUUUCUGUUCUCUUUUAUUAUUUAUUUAUUAUUUAUUUUUUUUUUUUCAUCUGAUGUACCACAUUCUGAUAUGCAAAUACUUUGAGAAAAGGCACACUGAUUUAAAUAUAUU